AUUCAAUCGAUUGACUCAUUUUUGAGGCCAAAAUAUUCCCACUUCUUCUUUUCUUUACACACGGAAAUAUUAUUAACUUCUUCAUUACAUUCAAUUGAGAUCGAGGGUCAUUUCUUUUCGUUCAUCGUCAUCGUCGACAAGAAAAAUCAGUGACUGUCUCUCUUUUUUCACCAUAUAUAAAGAUUUUUGGGUAUCGCGCGAGAAAGGUUUCUCCUUCUCUGCAUGAUGUUAAAUGUUUCAUGAAUUUAUUGUUUCACUUUACCUGUCCACAUGAGCAUGUAUGAGAGUACGUAAAAGAGAGGAAAGGUGAUUCAACAGGUAUUUCCUCUGGGGGCCACGAUGGUUUUUAGUAGGUGUAUUGGUGUCUGGGUGGUUUGGAAGGUGAUGGUGAAAGAGGUGGCAAGAAGGAAAGCCAGAAGCCAAGAGGUUGGAACGAGGGAAACAGUUAGAUUUUCGCGGUCGCCGACUGUUCAAACCACAUCAUCCAAUUCAGUGUAAUUUUUCACCUGUGCCUGAGACAUAAUUUUCCUCGUAAUAUAUUCCUAAGGGAAAUGUAAAAUAAUAUCCACGUGAUGUGUGGGAAAAAAAAGUUCAGUGAGAAAAAUACAUAUGUGUCUGCUGUUGAGACUUUAUCAAAGAGAGUGUGUGCUUCUUUUUAAUUAUGCAAUAAUCCAAUGAGGGAGAAUUUUAUUUGUAAAAAAAAAAUCAACAAGAAAUAUGCUUGCGAUAGCAGAAAAUCCACGAGACAGCUUUAGAAGUAAGCUAUCAGUGAAAUAUUGAGUGGAAAACGAGGCAUUUUAGUUUCAACAAGUCCAAUGGAAAGUGCCGGAGAAUCCAAUUCAUAUUGACACGUAAUCAAAAAUUUUGUUCGUGCCUCUCUGAAACUUGGCUUCUCGUUUGGAACUUAAAAGACAUUAAUACUUUGGUUUUUUUGUGAAGCAUGUGGUGGCUGUAAAUGAUCUAUUCGUCUUGGAACAGUGAUUCGUGUAUCUUUGAAAGAAAAGCAAAAAUGAAAAGAAUGCGGCAAAAACGUGCAAAUUGGUAAAAAGCAAAAGAACAUCACGAAUAUCUCUACGCUGGAAAGGCGAACAUGGAUUUCAAUGACAAAAUGUUCAAUUUUGGAGAGGGGGAUUGGCCAGCGAGUCCAGAUGAAUUUCUGGAAUCUCUCUUCUCCAUGGAUGACACAUUGAUUCCCGAUUUGGAUGAUGAGGAACAAAUUAAACAGAUUACCACGAGUCUUAUGGAAGGUGAUGACCGGAUUUCAUCGUAUUCCGAUGAACCGGACUUUCCUGGAUUCGAUAUAAAACCCGAUCUGGAUGGGAACAAUGGUCUCCUGCCACUCUCAAGUGCUGCUUCAGACAGUGGGCUCUCGAGUGAUCAUUUGGACUUAGAAAUGAGUCCAGAAUAUGAGCCUCUAAGUCCGGCUAUGUCAUCUCCUGGACCAUCAGUGAGUGAACGCGGUGGUCAAAAUUCUCCUGUCCAACAGAGCUUGCGCGUUGUGAGGAAGGAUGUGUGUCAGGGCAUGAAGAGAACCCGGACAACGGAAGAAAAAGUUCAGGCAACAAAUGUGGAGGGAAAGAAAAAGAAAUUUGAAGUGGCUCCAAAAGAGGUGAAACUGUACAGAAUGGCUCCAAUGAAUGGGAACAAUAAUGUGAAUAUUGUGGGAACACAGGGCAGUAAUGUGACACAGGGAAAGAAAGUUACCAUUCAAUUGCAAAAAUCCCAACUUACAAAAUCUCCAGUAAUCAUCAAUAGAGAUCAUCUGACAAAUGUGGGGAAUCUGAAGAAGUUGGUUCGUGUGCAAAAUGGCACAGGAAAUGCCAGAUCAAUUCUCCUUCCCGUAACACUGCAGAAUGUGAAGGAUGUGAGGACGAUAAAGAUUAUAAAUCCGAAUGGUAGUAAGACAAGUCAUCCGUUGAUUAUCAAACAGGCAGCAGCAAAUUUGCUGCAGCAGUCAAAACAGGGACUCGUGCCAAAGAAUGUGAUGGUACCGAAGGAACAAUUGCUGGAUGAUUCCAUGUCAGAUCAUACGUCAGAUGGCGAAAGUGUAGCUUGGGAUGAGAUUCUCUACAAACCCUUGGUGUCCAACAGUGCAGUAAAGGAGGAGGAUUUGGAUGAAGAUGACACAGAUGCCUGUACAGAAUCCAAUGUUGCUGGCAAUAAAUUGAUUCUGACGGCUGAGGAGAAGCGUUUGCUGGCCAAGGAGGGUAUCACCCUGCCCACAAAUUAUCCUCUGACAAAGCACGAAGAACGUGAAUUAAAAAGGAUAAGAAGGAAAAUCAGAAAUAAGAUCUCAGCACAGGAUUCCAGGAAACGCAAGAAGGAAUAUGUGGAUGGACUGGAAGAGAGAGUAAAACAGUGCACUGAAGAGAAUCAGACAUUGAUGAAGCGCAUUAAAAUGCUUCAGAGUCAGAAUGCCAAUCUCACGAGUCAGAUGAAGAAGUUGCAGGCACUACUGUCCAAGGGAACAAAUACCGCUCAACCAGCUACGUGCCUCAUGGUUCUCCUGCUCAGUAUGGCCUUAAUAGCGGCGCCUAAUCUCAAAUUGGGCAAGAGUAUCAAGGAGACAGAGUUGGCUGAGGCGAUUCAGGAGAGUGUCACUGAGCAAAAUCGCAACAGGAAUCUCCUGUUUGACAGCAAAGAUCAGUUUGUAGGGGAUGCCCUUGUCGAUGAAGAUGUUAAUUUUGAUGAUUUAGUAACGUCUACAGUUGGAGAAUUACCACCAUCUGUUUUUGAUGAUGAGACGAUGUCACCGGCAGCGAAGAAGGCACGAUUUUAUGCUGAAUUGGAUUUGGAUGAUUCAACGUGGCAACCGGGUGGGCGAAAAGGGGAAGAUAGUGGGCAGAAGAUUUACAUGGGAGAUUUGCUGGGGAUCAGAGAGGCACGAAGUCCUGUCUCAGUGAUGGCUGGUUUUGAUAAAAUCACCACAGAUCUCGAUGUUGCGGCCGUUCAAGAUAAAUUUGUCUUCAAUGAACCAGACAAGGUCAAUAAGUCAGAGGUGACGAGUAAAUUUGGCCAGAAGAUGAUGGUUCAGGAUGUUUGAAAGGGAACACAGCAAGUAUUUCUUUUGUCUAUAAAUAAAAUUGAUGUUUUAUAAAUAAUUAUUAUUUCUCUGUUGCAACAAGAAAAAAAAAGAUAUGUGAAUUUAUUUGACUGUAGUCAGUCAGUUCUUAUUUAGUUACAUUGACCAGCAUUUAUUAGAAAUGAUGCAAUUCAACACCAAUUUUCUUUUUUUUUUGUAAACUGGUAGUAUUUAGAGUUGAAAAUGAACCAAUUUUUCUAGCAAAUUGCUACUGUGCAUGCUUAAGAGGUGGUGACAAGAGAGAGAGACCUCAAAAAUUUAAUUUACAAGAAGUUGUCUUGCUAAACAAGACAAUUUGAUUUUGCAUGGAAAAUUUAUUUAGUGCAAAAAUAAAUUAACUAGUUUUUUUUAUGAUGAAUAAAAUUGAUGAGAAAAGAGAAGGGGAAUUAUUGUUUAACUACUUUACUAUCCUAUUUUUUUUGCAUUAAGAAAAUUAAAAGAAAAAAUACUGGAUAUGAAAUAUAUUACCAAUUGUGAAAUUGUAUUAAUUUAAUAAAAUAAAUUGUUAAUAUUAUUCUA